UGAGGAUAAACUGCAGAGCGGCUGCUUGUGGCUUCAAGCCACAUUUCACGAUCUUACCGAGGCUUCCCGAGCACCGCCGAUCUCAGAAGAUCCACAAACCCGACACCAACCGAAACUCUCCAGUUACUCCCGAUCCGUCCCCAUUGAAUCUGCUGUUGUCGGGUUGGGGGUGACGAAAUACUGUACAUGAAAUAAAGAAAAAAAAAAAGGCGAUUUCCAGAAACCAUCACUCCAGAGCCCCUCCCAGUCCAGGGAUUUUCGGAUUCGAGGCUUGACAAAGAGAGAGACUAUUCAAGAUGAAAGUAAUCAGCGCUGCGGUGCUUAGCGCCCUGUUCUGCACUGUUGUGUCAGCAUCUUUGAAAGUCAAAGAGGAAAACAGGACAGCCUUCUUUGGGGAGGACAUUCACAUCGAUGUGCCAGAUGGGAAUGCUAGUGAGGUUGUGUUCAAACCAAGGACAAAUCGGUCCUCUGAGGUGGUUCUUCUGCGAGCAGGCCAGUUGUUGAAGCCACGCAACCGCAUCAACUCCCUGGGCCACCUGGUGCUGGAGGACGUACAGGAGGAGGACGAGGGGAUGUACAUCAUCAAGAACAACAACAACAACAGCACAGUCAAGCACCUCAUUCUCAUUGUCAGGGACUGUGCUUUGGAGCAAGUGGUGAAGUACGGAGAAACUUACAGCAUCCAUCUCAACCACGUCGAUGGCCCCAUCACCUUGGAGUUCAGGUCCAGUCUGGUUCAGGCCAAUCAGACUGAGAUACAACAUGCAGCAGAGCCUCCACCCGUGGUGCUGUACAACCAGACAGUGGUGGCAGAAGAAUAUGUUGGACGCCUCAGUGUGACAGAGAAACGGGUGGUGCUGCACUCAGUAAGGAUGACAGACGAGGGGAGCUUCACAGUGCUGGACCGUGAGGGCAAAGUCCGGAUGAGGAACUGUCUGAAUGUUAGAGAGCACCAGAACUUCUUGCGCACAAACUAUGGAGGAAACCUAAAGAUGAAACUCUACCUGCACCAUUCCAAUGUGAACAUUGUCUACAGGCCCAAAUCACACAAUCAGGACCAGGUCAUCGUGGACCAGGGGGUUCUGGUGACACCACUGGACCCUCUGCUGGAGGGCAGGCUGGUUGUGGAGGGAUCAGAGCUCAUUAUGAAGAAGGUCCAUGUGGCCGACUCAGGUCUCUUCAAAGUGACAGACCUGUCUGGGUAUCCUGUGGCUCAUGUCUACAUAGAGGUAAACGCCUAUAAGCUGCCUCCGCUGACUGUAGCCAUCCUCUCCCUGGUGGGCCUGAUCGCCUUCAUGCUGCUGGUGUGCCUGCUGUCCUGUCUCUAUAAAAUGCAUAAGAGGAAUGAGAAGAGCAAGAAGCUGAUGCUCAUUGCUCAGCAGGCUGGCAAGGGAGACGGCGAGGCUUUCAGACAGGUGGUCCAUGAGGCUUACACCAGGUUCGCUGAGGAAUCUCUGAUGCAGUCUGUGUGUGAUGAUAAAACCUCGGAGAGCACAGAGGUCACAAUCAAGGGCCUCGAGGUGUCCAAACCGGGCCGCUACCAAGCUCUGACCUCAGACAACUUCCUUGAGAUGAGCGACUCUGGAGUGGAGUUUACCAACUCUGCCCUCCCACUGGACAGUGACACUGACGGUGCGAUGACCUACGCCUCCCACAAGCCACUCCUGAAUGCCGUCUCUCCUACAGCUGUGACCGAAGGAAUUCACUCAGAGAGCCUGGAGACCACUUUGGCCCCCCACUGCGACUUCAGUGCCAGCCGGACCCCUGACUCCGUCCUGAGUGCCAGCCCCGCCUCCAAUCCUCGCUCAUUUGCAGCUGCCACCCCCGAUGGUAGUCUGUGCGGUGCUGAAUCGCCGGGAGCAGCCUCCAGGGGCACCACUGGGUCGGAUUCAGCCAAGACAGAAGGAGGGGCUGACGUCGGAGAAGUUGGGCAGAAGGAGGAAUCGGCUCAGAGCACCUGAGAGGAUGCACCAGUGUGUAUUUUUUUUUUUUAGCUCAUGGUCCUUACAUUGGCCCUGUGUUUCCAGGAACCCUAUCAUAUCCAAACACCACCAAGUCCUUGAUCACUGCAUUUAAAAUAUCACAGAAAAAAAUAUUCAUGCUUGGAUCUUGAUGUCAUUUUACCCUGAACGAAAAGAAUAAAAAGGCAGUUGCACAAAAUGCACAAUACAAUAUUCAAUGCACUAAAUGAGAUGCAAAAGAGUAACCCUAAGCUCUAUGAAAAGAAGAACAAAGCAAUUCUGUGCAUAUGGAAAUGCAUGCAUUUAAAUUAAACAUUAAAGUAGAUAUCAUAGUUCAAAUCAACAAGAAAAUGCUGAUGUUAGACUAGACUGACUGCAUGCAAGCUUCAGUGGGUAGAAGCACCGGCUCAAAAAGAAGUUAUGUUGAUGAGAAAAGGGUAAAACACUCUCAGCACCUUUAGGAAAACACCUAAAUGGUAUCAAAUAGUUUUAGCUCACGUCAAAGGGUUGUCAAAAAAAAUUACAGGAUUUUGACAGUUUGACAGGUAGAGUCAGUACAUUUCAAGGAGUCAGACAUUAUUUUCUAAGAGCAAGGCUACUAACAGUAACAGAAGAGCUCCUCCUGUAUUGAGGGGAACCUCAAUUUGUUUCCUCUGACAGCACUUUUGUCUGCUCUCACGGCAUCAGACACUCAGACACAAACACUGCGAUGACUGCGUUUCAUCCCACCCACACAUAGACUCUAUUAUUAACAGUACAAGUAUGUCAGAAAGCGUCUCCGCCUCUCAGACAGAAGUGCUUGUCUCAGCAAUCAUUCACCGCCAUCCACGACAAAAACCUCCUCAAUGCAUUCUUUCUAAAAAACCUGCAAACUGAAACAAGCUCUGAAGAUUGAAUACCACCUCCCCUCUGCGAGUGCCGGUGGUUGUUUUACUUUCUCUCAUAUAUUGGGUGUCAAAUCUACCACAUUUUAAGGCAUGGUCUAGAGGAACCCGUCAAUACGCCCACCUCAUCUCACUCACGCUAAUGACGAAGGCCAGAGCCUCAGCGGAGUUGUCACAAGCCCUGUCAGAGCAAAAUAAAAUUCAAAAAAUACUGUGCAACACAUCUGGGAAUUUUGGAACGGCUCCCGAGAACAUAAUUGGAUUUUUGGCCUCUUCAUGGAAAGACCAAUUCACGGACACCAUAGAGUGACGAGUGGUGAUAAAAGAGACGACAGAGAUGGAAUAGGGUACUAUUCGGGGGAACAGAUAAAUGACUUGCAUGAUUUAAAGCCUACUGUUUUCAUCUCAGCCCCCCAUCCAAGGGACAGAGCUCUGAUUAUUGUAGCCCAGUUGUUUGCCAAAAUGAAGUGACUGGAAAGACGCAAUUGGAUCAGUGUGAUAACGACGCAGCCUACAGCCUCAACGAAAUGAGACUGAAUAACAAUGAUCAUGAGAGGUGUGUGUGUGUGAGUGUGUGAAGGGGGGGGGUACAGAGCAACCAACAGUAUUAGACCUUCAGCGCAUGAAGACAUGAUUCCUUUUAGUCCGUGAAUAAUAGGAAAUGAAUAAGAAGAGGACAUUAAUGGUCCUGCUUGUGGUCUAUGAAUCUAAACCCACCAUACAGUUCAGUGACAUCGAUGCUACUAUUGACAAUAACCAUUAGCAGUAUUACAAAGGUGUCUCGCUCAACAUCCACUUAACCAUCGACAUAAGGAAGGUCAUAGGUUUACAGAUAUUUCAGUUAAAAUGUACAUUCAGCUACUCUGUGACCACCUUACGUCUCUAACUGACUCAAGGGCAUUCACACCCCAGUAACUGAUAGUUCAUAUUGUUGAUUUGUUUACUGGAAAGAGCUCUUACCUUGCUUGAGUUUAAAAAAGGAGCUCCAAGGCAUCACAGGAUGUGGUGCAGAUGUAGUGAGAUAACUUCUAAUUGACAAAAAGGUUUUGUUUUUCAAGGAUCUGCUUUUUACACAAGGAGUAAAUCAGUGGUAGCUGGUUUGGUUACACAUUGAACACCAAUUAACAUACUUUGUGGGAGAAAAAAAUCAAGAAAAUACAAGAAACGGACCACAGAAGUACAGAUGAGAGAGUACAAGCAGUAACAUGGCACAAGUUCGAACACAUUUAAAAAGAAGCAUGAACAGAGUCAAUUAAAUUAAGCUCUCACGGCCAUAACAACUGCUUUUUGACUAAUUAGUUCCCUUUCCCUGCUGCGGAAGAAGCCUGUGGGCUAAUUCAGGUCACAGGAAACUGAUUUACACCGAAAGACUUCUCACAGAACGAGAGCCAGACAUUUCACACAUGCCCCCGUCCCCCGCAGGGCCAAACAGUCUGUGAUACUACACAUAGAGCCCACAUUUACACCUUUAGGGAAUCAGAGCAGUAUCCAUGGCAACAUCAAUCACAAUACUUCACCUACUGCAAUACACAGUGAUCCUCGCCAUAACAAGGGUCUUCUGUCCCGACCAUCCCAUUUAGAUGUCACUGUUUCCAUUGACAGCUGUUAGCAGCAUGGCUACCUCGUGCUGUAACUGAAAUUAUGUCAACCUGGACAGUCUGUAAGAUGUAUACGACCUAUACCUCUAAGGGUUACUAAAAGCAGUCAGACAGACACAAAUGUUUGUUGUCUGCACAAGAAAAGCACAAAUUUUAACACGUGUGAUCCUUUUGAAACAAGAAAGAGCUUCACAUUGUAAUUAAAAAGGGUAAAAAAUGAAGUAGCAGCUACUGUAAAUACAAUCCCUUCCUAUUCAGGAAAAUGUAGCUUGGAUUGAUUCUUUCGUUACUGCAGAGGUUAGAUAUAGGAAUCAGGAAUCACAAGUGUGUGCAAUACCCCACUUACUUGUCAUUGAAUUAUUGAUUUUGUAUGGCUGUUUUUUAGGGCAGUGCUUUUGCACAUGCAGGGACUUCUUGACUUAAUCAGAUAUAUGUAUUAACACUAAGAGGCAACAGUAAGGCUCCUAAAACUGACUCUGUGUAUGAUAAAUAUCAGUUUGAUUCAAAUAAGCUCUGAUACGUUAGGUGGGCUGAUGACACAUUGAUGGUCAAAGGAUAUUCAGUUAAAUCUAAAGCAAUAUUAAUCAUAAUGGCACUGAUACAUCACUAACAUACACCGGGCAGAAAGAGGAAUCUGACAUAACAAAUCCAUCCAAAAACAUCGGUCACUCUUAAUCAUCCUUUUUUCACUCUUGUAAAUAUAAAGGUAUGAGAUCUGCAUGUGUUUAGUGUGAAAAUACUAAUAUGUUUCUUACUGCAAGGCUUAUGCAAGAUUUUAUACUUUCAAAAGGGUGCGUUGAUCCUUUAACCACACAUCCACAGUAGGUAGAAAACUAACAAGUAGGGCUGGAGAUGCCUUCAGCUGGGAAGACUCUCCAGUCUUACUCAUGUCAUGUUUGGGUUGCAGUGAUGCUGUGUGAAAUCCUUUCAUCGAAAUUUCCUUCGUGAUCGCCUCUGGGGUUGAAUCUGAUACAGCAACAGUGUUGUUGUAUUUAAUCAUGGGCUCUAAUUUUGACUCUUCGUUUCAGGUCUGGGCCUAAAAAUGAACAAAAGACAGACUGGUUCUAAAAACAACCUGAAGACUUAAUAUCAUUUUGAUCAUUCAAAACACACUGACACAAAAUGUUGCUGUGGUGAAUAAAAAACACCUGAUUUAAAGGACCAGUGUGUGGGAUUUAGGGCAGGGCUGCCCAGAGUGGGGCCUGCGGGCCAAAGCUAGUGAGGUUAAAAUGCUCUUUAAAUAUGUUAGAUCCCUAAAUUAUGAAUUACUUUUCAUAAUCUGAGCACUGCAGGCGGAAGUCAGUCAAUUAAGGGAACUUGGGAUCAUAAUACCAGUUUCCAUCUAAUACAGUAUAGCAGCUGUUUGCUUUUGGCCCGUAGACAACCAUUAAGUUUCAGUUUUGGCCUGUUGGCACGUUUGGGCAUCCUUGUUUUAGGAGGAUCUAUUGGCAGAAAUGGAUUAUAAUAUUCAAAACUAUGUGUUCAUUUGGGUAUCUACAGAUGAGCAGGUCCUCUUCUAUGUUGCACCGCCAUGUUUCUACAGUUUACAUUACGCCAAGGCCACCGUAGGUUCUCCUUGAAAGGGAGGUGUAAGUGGACGGGGUAUUCAGUUUCCAGUCUGCAAUGUCUGUGCUUGAUGCCACUAAAUGCUACACACUGAACCUUUAAAGAAAUACUCAAAUAUAAUAUUAUACAUGGGGAAAAUACACUUGUCUGCCAUGUAGCCACAGAGUUUGACUCCAAGCUUUGUACAAAGACAGCAGGGGAAAACUACUAGCAUCCAUUAAAAGGUUAUCAGCAGCUCUAAAAGAUUUCUGAAUAAAAGGUUAUAAAUCUUUUCACCAAACCUUUCUUCCAACUAUUGUACAGGCUGUAAUUACAAGCGGCCAACACCAGGAAUUUCUAUCAGAAAUAUAGCCACAAACCAGUGGCAAAGAAAAUCAACACAUUAUAUUUAUUUAAUGAUGUGGGGUGGAAAGAUUUAGACCCCCAUUUCACCACAGCAGGUUACAUCCACUGAGAUAAAUGGAAAUUCAACAAGUUCAGGCCUUUGCAGAGUAGAUAUGUUGGAAUAAUAAUAAUAAUAAUAAUAAUAAUACUAAAGUUCAAGCAAUCGCAGGCUUUCUGAAAGGAUUUCACUUUCUGUCAUUCAACCUCAUCUGAUGUUUUCUGUUUCAUUACACAUCACAGAGCUUCUCAGAACAGAAGUGCUGAUCCGCGUGUGGGCACGGGGAGAUUUAAUAAAAUGUUCUUUCAGUUCUGGGAGAUUCGCUCUUUUGUUAAUCUACUUUUCUCUGUAAUUCCAAAGAAUAUAAUGAAAAACUAUGAAAUGAUGCCUGCAGUGUCACCGUUUGCUAAUACCUCUGAUAAUAAUAGAAAUUUGCUCUUAUGCGAAAUAUCAGAAGGACUGGCUGUAAACUGCACUUUUUGACACUGAGAUCAAUUAAUUUUAAUUCACUCCAGUGCAUUUCAGUGGUUCUUACUGUGAUUGAAUUUAGUCUUAUCUUUGAUUCAUGACAGAUAAUUGGAGAAAAUAAUUGAAAACCAAUGGCCUUUGUCAUUUUAAGCUCCCUCUGAUAUAUAGUAAGAACGUUUUUCUAUGACUAAAGAACACACAAUUCCAUAUCAGGUGGAUAUUUGUUAAGCAGCACUCCUACUCUGAUUUACACUCAGAAUGAUUCAGAAAUCCAAUGUACGUUUAUCUGCUUGGAAAUUGUUCCGUAUUCACACAUCUGUCCACUCCCCACCGUCACACUCCCAGCACCUGAGAAUGUUUUUUUAUACAAGAAAAAAAAAAGAAAAACGUCUUAGAAAUAAUUUUCAUAUAAUCGAUGUGUUUACUUUGGGACAAAUGUACGUAAUGACAAACUAGACAAGUGCAUUUGGUGAAAAAAAAAAUCAACACUUCCUUUGAAUGAAUGAUCAUGCUUGAAUACAUGUCAUUGUGAGAACUUUUUGUAGCAUCACAUUUAGCACCAAAAAGACAACUUUUCGCUCCUAAUGUGCUUCGUGUUUCUCCGUACUCUGAUAUUAUAGCCUAUAUCUGCUGUCCCAGUGUAUACCUAAGAGUUAGUGUAACUGCAGCAUGCUGACCUGUAGAUUGCUUGUGGGACAGCAGCCGUGAUAGCUAAUAAUGAUAGUAAUAAUAUGAAUUGCACUUUUCUGUACAGCUGGCCUCCUGAAUCCAUCUUGACCUUGUCGCUGAGGUCUGUCCCUGGUUUCCCAUGAUCCUCCUGACUCUUAAUAUCACCCUUCAUUACUGGCUUUCAGCUGAGAGUGAUAGUUAAAGGAGAAUACUGGUGUUUUUUUUAAAGGUUGCUGUCAAUUGUGUGGUGUGUUUUCAGCUCUUGUUAGUCAGCACACACACUGGGAACAAGAAUGCUUGUUUUCCAUUAGUAGAAGCAAUGUGCUGCCAUUUAGUAUUUUGUAAUAAUAAAUAUAUGAUAAAUACAUGAAAUAUGAAAACCUCAGCCACACUUUGUUUUAUUGUGUGUUUUAUUGUUAUUUCAUGGUACAGAGUUUUUUUUAAAUCAUUUCUGUCAAUCACAGGUGGAAAUAAAAGCUAAGAAAUAAAAUUUUUAACAUAUAGCUUCAUGUUUUUAUCUCAGACAUCUUUGCUGGGACAUACUGACCUUUAAUGUAAGACCAAUCAAAUGACAUGCAUUAGAAAUUAGAUAUUUUUUUCAAAUAACACUGGUGCUCUCCUUUAACAUCACUUCAGAUAUAAUAUGCAUAUAGGUUUAAUAAACAAACGUGGUCUCAAUCUAAAGGGCAUUAAAGUUUGCAUUCCAGAGAUUUAUUUUAUGUGGAUUAAAUAUUGCUAUAUGCUAUUUGCAUCUAUUUACAAUUAGUAUGAAAUCAUACAUUCUCCUAAUUGUAAAAUGGUUUUGGGAAACCUGAGAGUCAGGAUUGCUCAUGAGGCCAAAUUAAAUCCUGUUGAUUGUUUUCCUUAACUUGACUCAGGCAGGAGAAGUAUUGUCACUGUCAAUAUUACUGCCGUUGCUUCUGCAAAAAAAAGCAACUUAAAAAAGACUUUUAUACAAGAAGAAUCUCAUUUCAUGUUCACUUGAUCUCAAAAUGUAUCUGCAGAUGAUUUUAUUUAUUCAUUUAUAUUUUUAAUCAAGUAAUUACAGCUUCAUUUACAUGAUGAUAUUGGAUUUGAUUGUAAAAUGAUGGCGUUGUUUUGUCUUAUUUUAGUUUUAUAUUGUAAGAAAGGUCAGAAAUGUCUGGUGGAGUGAAAGAAAAUCAUGCAAAUGAAAAGAAAUAGCAGUUAACAGAUCACUUCAUGUCUUUGGGAAGAGAGCAUGGGUCUAUUUGUAUGUAUGAGGCCCUUAAAAUCAUCCUUCAGGAUUAUCUGGUUUUGAUUACUAUGCUUUCGUACAUAUAGGUUGUAUUACUUACAUGUGAAUUUUACAGUUGCUUUUAAGCCAAACAUAAACCAUAUCUUGCUUGUAUAAAAGGUAACACGUUUUCUCUGUUGUGUUUGAGGUUUGAUUGAUUUAGUAGAUUUUAGUAGAAACCUGAUCAAUUCACCUUUAUUUGUCAUUGAUGUAAGGGAGACAUCAAAACAUUGAAGUGUGUAUUCCACUGGACAGUACAAGUUCAGGUUAUAAAGGAAGUUGUAAGGAGAGAGCACAGUAUGUUAUACGACUUUGUUUUACCAGAUAUUCUGGUUCGUCUGCAUGAGAGUCUCUGUCGUUACUUGUUGCUUUCGCUUUGAAAGAAAUCACUUGAAUGCCUCAUGUCUAAGAGUUCAGAUCUCAUUUAAUGUUUUUCCAAAGCUGGGUAAUCAUUGACUCUAACGAUACUUCGCGGCACUGCCAUGAACAAGCGAUCACACCCCCUUGUUUGCCUGAAGAAUAAAUCAGUGAUUAUUUAUAUACCGGUAUUAUAAGACCUUUUGGCAUCCUGCGCAGACUUUUGUAAAGCUUCUCAUUUUCUGUAAUGAAUGAAUAAUUCCAAUUAAAUGACUUUUCAACAGAGA